GGAGCCCGCGGAACUGCGUACGGUCGAGCGGAGGGUGAGAAGAGAGGACCCGUGGGCGCCAGUUGGCGCAGGGCCCUGCGCUCCGAACCUCCGGGGCUCCGCUCGCCGGACCGCCUCCGAGCGGCGCUGGGCCAACAGCUGCGCUCCUCAGAGUGGCGGCUCCCAGCUGAGCCCGAGAAAGCGGGAAGCGGCCUCCGCGGAAUCCGAGCUGUCCGAGUGCUCUUAGGAGGAAGAUCCUUUUAUUGAUUUUGUACCAGACCAGACUGGACCUCACUUGUUAAAGGUGGCACCAGUCAGGUGUCAGACACAGGACAAAAACUUCCUAGAGCAGAAUGAUGAUCGUAGAUCUGAAGGUGGUUGAGUAUUUGGACCCUCAGAUCAAGGCUCUAUGGGACACCAAGGGGCCUGUGAGAGAGAGCUCCAAUCAGAGUGAAAAAUCACAAAUGGACAGUCUCAGUCCCAAGAGCCCUCACUGGCACUUCAGGAACUUCCACUAUCAUGAAGUAGCUGGACCACGUGAGGCUGUCGGCCAGCUUCAGGAAUUAUGCCACCUGUGGCUGAGGCCAGAUAUCCACUCAAAAGAGCAGAUAUUGGAACUGCUGGUGCUAGAGCAAUUCUUGACCAUUAUGCCCAGGGAGACACAGACCCAGAUGCAGAAGCACCAACCACAGAGCAUUGAGGAGGCUGUGGCCCUGGCAGAACACUUGCAGAGGGAAUCUGGUCAAACAAGGAAUGGGGUUGCAAUCCAUGAGCUGGGAAAGGAAGCAAUGCUCUUCGGAGAAACAGCAGAGGCUCCAGGCUUCAAGGUGAAGCCAGCAGAGUCCCCGACAGUGGGCAUGUCCCUGGAUGAAGAAUUUUGGAAUACAUGCCAGGGUCUACAAAAACAGCUGAGCAGGAAUACUCAUAAAGAAACUGAGCCUGUAUUUGAGAGGGCUGUGCCUGCUCAACAGAUUCUAGCCUUUCCUGAGCAGACAAACACUAAAGACUGGACAGUGACCCCUGAGCUUGUCCUGCCUGAGUCCCAGAGCUUGUUGACAUUUGAAGAGGUGGCCAUGUAUUUUUCCCAGGAAGAAUGGGAGUUACUGGAUCCCACUCAGAAGGCCCUCUACAAUGAUGUAAUGCAGGAAAACUAUAAGACUGUCAUCUCUCUAGCAUUGUUUGUGCUCCCCAAACCUAAAGUGAUCUCCUGUCUAGAGCAAGGGGAAGAGCCAUGGGUUCAAGGAUCCCUGGAGUCCAAGGACAGUCCUGGAGAGUCUCCUACAGGGUUAACACUCAAAAAUGACACUGAAAACCAUCAGUGUAUAACUCUUUCUGACUUAGAAAUACAAGCACCAGGAGACAUGGUAUCCAAAAAGGCCAAAGUGAAAGUCCCCCAGAAAACAACGGGCAAAGAAAAUCAUGGUGAUAUGCACAGAGUAGGAAAAUGGCGCCGAGAUUUCCCAGCAAAGAAAAGAAAGAAACUUUCAACCUGGAAACAAGAGCUGCUGAAACUUAUGGAUCUUCACAGGAAAGACCGUGCAGGAGAGAAGCCUUUUAAGUGUCAGGAAUGUGGGAAAAGCUUCAGAGUUAGCUCUGACCUUAUUAAGCACCAAAGAAUUCACACUGAAGAGAAACCCUAUAAAUGUCAACAGUGUGACAAGAGAUUUAGAUGGAGUUCAGAUCUUAAUAAGCACUUAACAACACACCAGGGAAUAAAACCAUAUAAAUGUUCAUGGUGUGGGAAAAGCUUCAGUCAAAAUACAAAUCUCCACACGCACCAAAGGACUCACACAGGAGAGAAGCCCUUUACGUGUCAUGAAUGUGGAAAAAAAUUUAGUCAGAACUCCCACCUUAUUAAACACCGGAGAACCCACACAGGUGAGCAGCCUUAUACCUGCAGUGUCUGCAGAAGAAACUUCAGCAGGCGGUCAAGUCUUCUUAGACACCAGAAACUCCACCAAUGAAGGGAAGCUUAUCCCAUCUCAUUCUGAAGAAAUUUACCGAAAGGAGCUUGACCCUAAAAUUAAUGAAAAAAUAUAAAGUCACAAAGUUUGAAGAAUUUUUCAUCAUUGGAAAAUUCAGAGGUAUAAACAUGUUUCACAGGAAGAAAUCAAGGCUGGCUCUGCAGGGGGUGUGUGAGUAGUUGUACUACUUACUCUUUUUACUUUUAACUGCCAGGGAAUCCCUUAGCUGGGGAGGUAUUCUAAGAGCAUGCUGAAUAGAGAAAAGGCUGUUUGGGAGUUGUACCUGGAAAAACAGUAAAUUCAGCUUCAAAUACCAGAUGCAGCCAAUCAGCAGUCUUCUGUAGUCACAGAGGUAAAUGUUGGUUUUGCUUCUCCCCAAUCAUUCUUGAAUACACAGUAAAAACGUUGUUUUUCCAAGAUGAAAAACAGUCACAUGCAUGUUUAAUUGCAUACCAUUGUCCUCAGGGUAGCAGGCUUAUAUCAGUAGUCCUGUGGAGUAGAAGUGAAUUCUAACGUAAAGUUUUCCUAGAACCAAAUUGGAUUUUCUUCCUUUCUCUCAUCAUUGGACACUGUUCACAAAGUUGGACAUCAUUUGAGUUCCUUCUUGAACUUUUAGCAAUUUCAGCUCUUGAAUCCUGUUAGCACAAUUUUUACUGUGAUGAAAUCAUAUUUACUUCACCACUAGGGAAUCUGCCAGAUGAGCUAAUAACGCACUAUCUUAUGCCUCAUUGGUGGUGUUUGGAAAAUGGAAAAUAUCUCUAAUGAGAUCAUAUGGAAACGGGUAUUUGAAAUUUAUAAUGACAAUAUAUAUAUAGAUAUAUUACAUAUGUAAAAUAGGUGUAAAGAAGAGUUUUCUGCAAUAAAAGAAACUAGACUUUUUUACCUCACUAUGUCAAAAGGAUAAAGCAGCCAUAAAAGUUAGCACUUGCCCAAGGCCAGAAAGAAAAUGGGAGUUCAGGAUCAACUGAACUCAACAGUUUUUUGUUUACUUUUUAAUUUGGCUUUUGUUUGUUAUUAAGAACAAGAGAGUAAUGUUUGUAUGGGAACUGGAGUGUGUGUGUGCUGCAGGCAGGAUCCUGUGGCUCUCCUGGCAUGGAGACCCAGGCCUCCAUUCAGCAGGAAACCAGAUUCCCAACAGGAAAGAUUUGGGAAUUGAUGCUGAGUGUUGAGCAAGGAUGGGAACAUCCACAUCCAUGCUGUUUUGUCUUACACUGUAAGCUCUUAAGUGGGCAGGGUCUACUUGUCUCCUUCCUCUCCAGCACAUCAUUUAAUAGCAUCAGGUGAUAAAUUUGGUAGACUGCUAAAAGUCUGUGUAGCCUAUGGAUUUUCUUAUAACUCACCUGUUUAGCUAUAGCAGUGACUCAGGUGUGUUCCUGUUAGAGCUUUUAGAUAUAUCAGGAAAGGGGUUAACAAAGUUCUCUCUUCCAAAUCUUUUGUUGUAUAAAUGAGGAAGUUAAGGCUCAAAGAGGUACAGGGACUUGGCAGUUGCUUAGCUUCAUCAGUCAGGUGUGCAGGCAGGAUCAGCAGUAGCUGUGUCGUCAGUGUGCAUUGCUUUUCCUUCCCCUCCUCCCCAGCGAUAUGUUGGGCUAACUGACUGCAUUGAAGAAGCAGGUGCAUUUGUGGCUGUGUUGCAGCUCCACUUGGCUGAGCACUGAUGGCAGUGGUGGUUAUGCUGAGUUGAUAUGAUCCUUGGCUCUGAUACUUUAUUGUGUAAGUCAUAAGAGCCACUGGAGCAGUUGGUCUGGAGCACUCGGCAGCAAUUUUAUUUUAUCUCCCAAGGUAAAUUAUACCCAGUAUUAUUUUUUAAGCACAGCCAGCUCUGAAGCUCUGGUGUGCAUAGCUCUUACCCAACACCCUUUCAGCAUGAGACUCUGUCUCCUCUCCCUGGACAUGUGUGGAUUUCUCUUUGGCACUACAUUUAUUCCUUCAAUUUAAUGAGGACCUAUGUGCGAGGCACUGUCCUAGACUCUGAAGACACAGCAGUGGACGAGAGACAAAAAUGCAUCCCCUGGUGGAGCUGUGUUCUAGCGAAUGGUGAAAAGGAGAGUGGUCUUGCUUUCCUGCUCUUUGCCAUAAGACAGGGCCGUUAGGGAGUUUGGGUCAGUGGGUUGUAAGCAGAAGCCUCACCUCUGGGCUGAAGCAUUUAUUUGCUGGAGAGACUCUAGCGCUAUCCUUUCCUGCCUCAAUCAUGCAAGUGAACACGCAGAGAAGAGCCACAAGAUCUAAAGCAGUCUGGAGAACUGAGCUGCAUGUGGAAGGUAUCUGUUCUGGACAGUCGCCAGACCUGUAAUGGACUUGGUGGGAAUGAGAAAUAAAUGUUAUGUUAAACUGCUGAGA